AUGGGAUCCAGAAGCCCGGAAAAUGAGUACCGCAGAAAACAUGGCGACCCGACUGGCUCCGAUGCAGCGAGUCACCUCGGGGGCGAAGCCCGGGGCUCACACACUUCUAGGGACGGAGAUGGCUGUCUCGGAGACGCUGGAGGUGUUGACGAGAGCGACGACGAUGGUGACGGCAGACAAACAAGCCUGGGACCGCUAGAGGGCUCCCUGUCAACAGAGGUUGCAGAUGCACCAAAGAAACGGAAGAAGUCCAAAAAGUCCAAGAAGAAGAAGCACAAGGGAACAGUCCCAGUGCAUGUAAAGCAAACGUCGCCACCAAGAGUCUUGCUAAGCGAGCUCUUCCCUUCUGGUGACUAUCCCAAAGGGGAGAUCCAAAGCUAUACCACAGCACGGACAACGGCUGCCGAGGCACGAUACGAUGCUCGUCGUCUGUACUGGGAAGAUGACUUGUUCCUUCAAAACUACCGCAAGGCAGCUGAAGUGCAUCGCCAAGCUCGACAAUGGGUACAGGAAACGGCCAAGCCUGGCCAAACUCUCUUGAGUAUUGCCGAAGGAAUCGAGGAUAGCGUGAGGGCGCUACUUGGUCAUGCCGGACUAGAGCCCGGCGACGGUCUCAAGGCUGGCAUGGGCUUUCCCCCAGGUAUCUGCCUCAAUCAUCAAGUCGCUCACUACACGCCCAACCCAGGCCAGAAGGAUGUGGUGUUACAGCAAGAGGACGUCAUGACGGUUGACUUUGGUGUUCAUAUCAACGGCUGGAUCGUCGACAGUGCGUUCACCAUGGCUUUUGACCCCACCUACGACAAUCUCCUGGCCGCUGUCAAGGAUGCGACCAACACAGGGAUCAAGACUGCUGGAAUUGAUGUACGCAUCAGCGACGUAAGCGCCGCCAUCCAGGAAGCGAUGGAAAGUUACGAGGUCGAAAUCCGUGGCAAGACUUUCCCUGUCAAGGCAGUACGGAAUCUCACUGGACAUAAUAUCAACCAGUACCGUAUCCACGGCGGGAAGUCAAUCCCGUUUGUGAAGAACUCGGACCAAACCAAGAUGGAGGAGGGCGAGGUCUUUGCCAUCGAGACAUUCGGCACCACCGGGCGUGGCUACAUACGUGAUGAUGUCGGAAUCUACGGCUACGGCUUGAAACAAGAUGCUCCACUGACAACUUCUCUGCCCCUGGCCUCUGCCAAGCGUCUGCAUAAGACUAUCAGAGAGAAUUUUGGCACGCUGGUGUUCUGCCGCCGCUAUCUUGAGCGCCUUGGUGUGGAGAGAUAUCUGGCCGGCAUGAAUUGUCUCGUCUCGAAUGGUAUCGUGCAGGUUUAUGAGCCUCUUGCGGAUAUCAAGGGAUCAUACUCGGCGCAGUUCGAACAUACUCUGCUCCUGCGGGAGACGCACAAAGAAGUCUUCAGUCGAGGAGAUGACUACUGA